AUGGCCGACGGCUUUCAACCACCACCACCAUUAUUUCCGCCACAAUUUCAACAACCAACACAGAUGUUUCCGCCACAAUUUCAACCACCGAGUUUUCAACCUCGCCACCUUCAACAUUCUCCUCGAUUUCUAACACCACCGAAUUUUCAACCUCGCCACCUUCAACAUCCUCGAUUUCUACCACCACCGAUUUUUCAACCUCGCGACUGUCAUCCUCCUCCUCGUUUUCAACCUCCUGCGCGAUUUGAUAACCCUAACCAAAGCGACCUACAUCCUCCUCCUCGAUUUCAACCUCCUGCCCGUUUUGAUAACCAUUAUCAAAGCGAUCUUCAUCCUCCUUCUCGAUUUCAACCUUCUGCGCAAUUUGAUAACCCUAAUCAAAGGGCUUUUACAACAUUGCAGCAAGUAACUACUGAAACAAGUUCUGGAACAAAGGAAAACACAUCUGAAACAAGUUCUGCAACAACAGGAGAAACAACAUCAGCUUAUUUUUCAGGUUCAAAAGAUAUUUGGAACGAUUUAACAGAGGAUGAUAUUAGAGGACCUUUGACUGGAUAUACUGGCACUGUAGAUGAACUAUAUGAACUUUAUGACAAACAUUCAAUACUUCUUGGAUUUUCAAUAAGAAAAAACACAUUAAGGAGAGAUCAAAAAACGGGAGAGAUAAAGGAAAGAUACUUUUGUUGUUCAAAGGAAGGAAAGAGAAAGGAAAACACAAAGAACACAAAGAAAGAAGAAGCAACUGUAUCAAGUGAGAGCAAACAGAAAGAGCAGUCAAAGAACGCAAGGCAGCAAAACCUUACUAGAACAGGGUGCAACGCAUCUAUACGAUUGAAGUUACAAAAGGAUGGAAAGUUUAUAGUCUUUCAUCAUGUUAUAGAACACAAUCAUGCCUUAACAAGAGAGUCACUGCAAAACUUUGAAAGAUCACAAAGAAAAAUUGAUGAAGAAAAGGGAAAAGUAAUUGAAGGACUCACACUAUCAGGAAUAACACCAGCAGAUUCCUAUAGAUAUAUGUGUAAUGAAGCUGGCGACGCAAGGGUGGUUGGACACACAUUAGUUGACCACAUGAAUUUCACAAGUAGAUUGAAAAUGAAAAGACUAGAAGGAAAAGAUACACAAGCAGUUGUGAACAUGUUAAUUAAGAGAGGAGAAGAAGAUCCAAACUUUUAUUUUCGAGUAAAGGUGAACGAGGCAAACCAAGUAAUAAGCAUGUUUUGGAGGGAUGGAAUGAUGCAAGAAGAUUAUGACGUAUAUGGUGAUGUCUGUGUCUUUGACACAACUUUCAGAACAAACAAAUACAAUUUAGUUUGUGCGCCAUUUUUAGGUGUCAACAACCAUUGGAGUAAUGUGAUGUUUGGUUGUGCUUUUAUUGCUGAUGAGAAGACACACACUUUUGUGUGGCUAUUGGAAACAUUUCUGGACUCUAUGGGAGGCAAAGCACCUAUAACUAUCUUUACAGAUCAAGAUCAAGCAAUGGCAAAUGCUAUUGAACAAGUAUUUCCUAAUACAAGACAUAGAUUAUGCUUAUGGCACUUACAAAAGAAUGCCGUGUCAAGAUUUGGAGACUUAAAAGCUGACAAUACAUUCAAAGACACAUUCAAGAAGUGCUUAUAUCGUUGUUACAAUGAAGAAGAAUUUGAAACCACUUGGUUUGACAUGAUUACUAAGUAUAACCUUCAAGAUCAUGAUUGGUUUACAAAUCUCUAUACAAUAAAAGAAAAAUGGUGUACAGCUUUGAACAAAGAUUUUUUCUCAGCUGCAAUAUUGUCUUCACAAAGGGAACAAAUCACUUCACUAACAGAAUUCUUUCACAUUUUUGGAGCAACAGUGGAUCGUUGGAGAUAUCAAGAAGAUCAAAAUGAAUAUGAUUGUGGAAAUGCUUUGCCUAAAUCUGAUUUUCCAAUGGUCGGAAUGAUAAAACAUGCGGCAAAUGUUUACACACUUACAUUGUUUAGAGAUUUUGAAAAAGAAUUCAAGUAUGCAAUGGGUUGCAUCUCAAAUGUCAACUACAUCAAUGGAAAUUUCUUUGGUUACAAAGUGCAACAUGAAUCUUGGCCUGAACAUACUGCCCAUUAUGUAGCAUUUGAUCCAACAACAAAUUCCAUUAAAUGCACUUGUAGGAACUUCGAAGAAUCAGGUUAG